UCCCUCUGAGGUCUAUAAAGGGUCCUCGCUGCAGCCGUCUGCUUCAUGUAUCUCAGCAUCAUGAAGGGAUUACCCACCCUGCUGCUGCUGUGCUCGACGGCUCUGCUCUGCAGCGCUGCUCCAGCUGUGGAGCCGGUGACCUGCAGCGAAGAUGGAGGUGCUGCGGCGGCACGGAUGGCUGCACAUCACAUCGACGAGAAACACGACCAUGGCUACAAGUUCAAGCUGAGUGAGAUCAAAGGCAACAAAGUGGAAAAGGUCGAUGACGGCUGUGAAAUCGAGCUGCAGUUGGACCUUAUGGAGACAACGUGCCACAACAUCAACCCGAAGCACUUUGAGGACUGUAUGAUCCGCGGAGAGACUCAACGGGCGGUGAUGGCCAACUGCUCCGUGAGGAUUAAUGUGAUAAAUGGUGACGCAAAAGUCAGAAAUUAUCAUUGUGACACGCGACAAGUGAAAACAGACAGUGAGAUGGUGAGCAUCUGCACUGACUGCCCCAAUCUGAUCUCACUUCAUGACCCUGAGGGUAUGAAGUCUGUAAAAGAAGCUGUGCAGAGAGUCAACGAGAACACCACCAACCAGAACUACUUCAUCCUGAAGGACGUGGGACGGAUUAAAAUCGGGUGGACGAUGACCGGGAUGAACUACUGGGCUGAGAUUGCCCUCGUGGAGUCCCAUUGCCGAAUGGGAUCCAGAAUCCUUCCUGAGGCAUGCAAACCCCUCUGCCCUGAUCGAGCUCGUCAUGCUCUCUGCCAUUCAUCUUACUCCAAAUCCAAGGGACUCAUGUCUGUUGAGUGUGAUUACUACCCUCCAAUGAACUCUACUGCCCUCGGCGAUGGUGAGCGGGAGCCCAUAUGUAGACACCAUGGUGGUCGUGGCCCUCCUGACCAUGAUGGUCCUGGUGGUCGCGGCCCUCCUGACCGUGAUGGUCCUCGUGGUCGCGGCCCUCCUGACAGUGAUGGUCCUCGUGGUCGUGGCCCUCCUGACCAUGAUGGUCCUGGUGGUCGUGGCCCUCCUGACCAUGAUGGUCCUGGUGGUCGCGGCCCUCCUGACCGUGAUGGUCCUCGUGGUCGCGGCCCUCCUGACAGUGAUGGUCCUCGUGGUCGUGGCCCUCCUGACCAUGAUGGUCCUGGUGGUCGUGGCCCUCCUCCCCCUACAGGUGGUGACGAUGGUGGCCCUCCUCCCCCUGCUGAUGGUGGCCCUCCUGACCAAGAAAGGCAGCGUCAUAGGGCCCAAUUCCACCGCCUGCACUGCCAUGGAUCGGACGCAGCUAUCCACCCCAUUUGCCCCUGGCCCCGUCCUGAGCCCCGUCCUGAGCCCCGCGGCCCCCGCCUAAACCCAAGAGAAGAGGCCUGAGAUACAGACAAGGAAAACAUGUGUUUGUUACUGACUUCAAGACUUGUAGUGUAAUGUAAUAUUUGGAAAAUUUGUCUUUAAACAUAUUAAAAAAUAAUGUCAAAUAAACAAUCAUGGUUUCAAUCAUA